ACAAACCGAACCGUGAGUCUUUGCGUUUUCUCUUUCCAGCCAGCGCCGAGCGAUGGGCAUCUCUCGGGACAACUGGCACAAGCGCCGCAAGACCGGGGGCAAGAGAAAGCCAUACCACAAGAAGCGGAAGUAUGAGUUGGGACGCCCCGCAGCUAACACUAAGAUUGGCCCCCGACGAAUACAUACCGUCCGUGUUCGAGGAGGUAACAAGAAAUACCGUGCCCUGAGGCUGGACGUUGGAAACUUCUCUUGGGGCUCAGAGUGUUGUACUAGGAAAACCAGGAUCAUUGAUGUUGUCUACAAUGCAUCUAAUAAUGAGCUGGUUCGUACCAAGACCUUGGUGAAGAACUGCAUUGUGCUUAUUGAUAGCACACCAUACCGACAGUGGUAUGAGUCCCACUAUGCACUGCCUCUGGGACGCAAGAAAGGAGCAAAGCUG